AAAUAAAAAAAAUAAAUAAAACUAGCACGCAUAUAUCUAAAACAAGGCUUUUUUUUAAAAGAAGGGUUUUUAAGCCAUUUUUAAAAGCAUCCACAGUCUGUGGUGCCCUCAGGUGGUCAGGGAGAAACUUCCACAGAAUGGGAAAAAAUGUUCAAGUUAUGUGAGAACAUUUCAGUAGUGUGUAUAAGAGGUAAGUCUGUAUAAUGAUGGCCCCUCGUGGCAUGCUCUCUGUCUGAAUUUCUCGUCAAUAGACCACUUGAAUGGAAACAGGAGUUUGGCAACAUUUCUUUUACUCUGACUGCGAAACCACGCUUUAAUUAAAAGCACAUAGCAGAUGCCGGACUUCUGCUAUGUUGGCAUGCCUUGGGAACAUUCCGUUUUAUACAAAUUAAGACAUCUAACUUUUGUGACAUCAGAACCAUGAGGACCAUGGGUGGUGUUCAACGUAAAACCUACAGUCUAUUGGUAGUAUUUGGCCACCUGCCAUGUGGACUUGAAGUGCCAUCCCAUUCCUAACCCAUAAAGUUCGAUAUAAUGCGGGUCCAGCUUUUGCAGCGAUUACAGCUUCAACUCUCCUGGGAAGGCUGUCCACAAGGUUGCGGAUAAGUGUGUUUAUAGGAAUUUUUCCACCAUUCUUCCAAAAAUGCAUUCGGUGAGGUCACACACUGAUGUUGGUCAAGAAGGCCUGGUUCUCGGUUUCCGUUCUAAUUAAUCCCAAAUGUGUUUUAUCGGGUUCUUGUCAGGACUCUGUGCAGGCCAGUCAAGUUCAUCCACCCCAGACUCUGUCAUCCAUGUCUUUAUGGACCUUGCUUUGUGCACUGGUGCACAGUCGUGUUGGAAGAGGAAGGGGCCCGCUCCAAACUGUUCCCACAAGUUUUCUGUUCAUCCAGUCGGAUCCGGAGAGACAUUGUAACACGGACUGGAUCCUCAAGAUUUCUCCCAACCUGACGUUGGAGGAGCAGCUGAACCUGACCGUUCCUCUGGAGCGGGAUGGGUCUUUCAGCCGGUGUCGCAUGUUCGAUCCGGUGGACUGGGACAUCGGGACCAUCGGGGAACGCGGACUAAACGAGACCACGGUGUGCCGGAAUGGUUGGGUGUACUACGACACGACAUAUAAGUCCACCAUUGUCACGGACUUCGACCUUGUCUGUGAGAGAUCCAACAUGCCGGAUGUUGUGCAGACAAUCUUCAUGGCUGGUAUUCUCUUGGGUUCUAUCAUCUUUGGACCUCUCGCUGAAUCGUUCGGUCGUCAGAAAACAACGCAGAUACCGGCCGUGCUGAUGUUACUCUGCACUCUCUUGUGCGCCGCGUCUCCAAAUAUCUACGUCUACAUCGUGGCGCAGUUCCUGGUCGGCGCUGCCCUCGCUGGCUAUAGAAUCAACUCCACGGUAUUAGCUACAGAGUGGAUCGGAGUCGCCAAAAGGUCAUUUGCCUCAUGUCUGGGCCAAAUGUUUGCUGCCCUGGGACAAUGCGUCAUGGCUGGACUGGUCUAUGUCAUUCUGGACUGGAGAUCAAUCCAAUACGUGGCCGCAGGAAUGCACUCCCUCGUGGUCCUCUACAUAUGGUGGAUUCCGGAAUCUGCAAGGUGGCUCCUGGGUCAGGGAAGACGUGACGAAGCCAAGAGGUUGAUCCGGAAAGUCGCAUCGAUAAAUAAGCAGCAAGUCCCGGAAAAUAUGCUGGACUGUUUGGGAUGCGAGGGAGGAGAAACAAAAACCGGAGCAAUGAACGUCAUGUUGACCUCAAGAAUUCUACUGAAAUAUUUGGUCAUCAUAUGUUUGGUCGUGUUUUCACUCAAUCUGGGCUACUUCUGUCUCAUCCUCAAUGUGGGUGAGUUUGGCUUGAACAUCUUCCUGGUUCAAUUCAUCUUUGGAGUCUCAGAGAUCCCCGCUCACCUUCUCUGCAUCUGGAUUUUGGAGUUAUUGGGAAGGAAAAUUUCUCUGAUUGUAACCCUUCUGUCCGGUGGAGUUUUUUGCCUCUUAACAUUGGCUUUCUCACAAGACAAUGCAAUCGUCAUCAUGGCUCUUGUAACUACAGGCAAGUUCUUCUUGAAUGGGGCUGGUUCAGUUUGCAUGGUCUACUCUCAGGAGCUGUUUCCUACUUCUGUCAGGCAAACAGCUGUUGGCUUGGGCUCCAUUUCUAUGAGAGGAGCCGGCCUGCUCGCCCCACUGGUCAACAUGUUGGCCGUUUACACCUGGUCCCUCCCCAUCGUCGUCUUCAGCAGUCUUGCAGUGCUCAGUGGAACUCUGGUGUUUCUCCUUCCCGAAACCAAAAGCAAAGAACUGCCCGAUUCCACCAGCGAUGUUGAGGGAAAACGAAAUACGAUGGCCACAAAAAAAGAAAGUGACCCGAGGAAGACUGAACACCACAGCAGAAAAUCCACCAAACUUUAGUUUACGUAUUGUUGGUCUACAAACAUCACUGAAUAAACAAAGGACGGUCAUUGAAAAUGUUCAGGCAGUGUUGGUGCAUCCGAGCCCGGUUCUCUCAACCAAAUAUGUUCAUUUUUACAAAGGAGCGGGUCUUUUCUGGGUAAUAAGUAAUGAGGUUUGUUGUAACGUCUAGUUCUUAAAACAUUGU